AUGACUAAUGACGAGGCCCCUGAAAAAGGAGGAGACUCCUCAAGGAAUUUAACAGGACUAUUUGAGACUUCUCAACAACACAGACAUCGAAAAAUAUACUCUCAAAGUUCACAGAGUCAAUCUACUAGUACUAACCCUGAGAAUGACAAUGAAGUUGGCAGCUUAUCACCAAAACGCAAACGCCGGAGAAGGAGCAGUCUGGCUGAACUUGGUAGACUAGUAAGAGGAUCUGAUCCAGUACCUAUGGGUGACAGUUCAGCUGUAGCUGAAUUGUUGGAGCCAGCCGUCAGUGAGAAUACCGAACAAGAUCAUAAUGCUGUUCCACCCGAAAUAAUCGAGGUUGAAAUCCGAUUAGAUUCUCUUGGAGGAGAAGGAGGUAAUAUGAUCUAUCCAAUUCCGACGGAUACUGUGCCAGCUGCUCCAGUUGACCAAGACUAUCAGGGUGCUGCUGCAGAAGAUCUAUCUGCAGACGAUGAGGUAAUUCCAGUUGACACUGGGUCUGGGUCCGAACAACCAGAAUUAAUAAGAUCUAGUCGUAGUAUUAAUUUACGAACCAGGGAUCGGGGAGAUAGCCGCUCUCUGGCUCGUGACCGCAGAGCAUACCAGAAAAGGAUUGAAAUGCCACGGACUUCAUCUUAUUCACCUAUAGACCUAACUGAUGAUGGUAUGGACUUUGCAGAAGUAAUUGAUAUUGCCGAUGACGAGGAGGAUGGCAUUCUCACCACCAAACAGUUGAAAAAUGAUGCUCCCACAGAGCUGAACGAAAGAGCAGGGUUUCGCCAAGCAACCUGCUGUGUUUGCUUUGAAUCUCCAAAAAUUGUUGCAAUAACUGUGUGUGGUCACUUUUACUGUUCAAAAUGUGUGUUUCGUGCGCUAACUAUAUCUCCUCGUGCUACCACUACUUAUGGAGAAUGCAGUGUUUGCAGGACUAAGAUGGCAUAUACUGCAGUUAAGUUCUUGGAGCUCAAGUUGAGGCCCCGGAAGCGUGAGUUGUCUAAAAACGACGCACCUGUUCUGCCUGAAAAUACUAGUACUCCUGUGGUUGCCACUGACUUGGAAUGA